AUGGGGAAAUACAAUCUGGAGGAAACACACAGAGCUCUGAAGGAUGUGAACAUAGAGAACAUAUUUAAGCAUGUGAUCCCCUGCGGGAUAGGUGGAAGGAAGAAAACGGCGCUGAUUUUUUACCUUUGUAACUCCCUGGAGGAGAGGCACUUGGAACGCAACAACGUCUUGGUGCUGUACCUGAGUCUGCUUCCAUCCUUCGAAGGUCACCUCGGGGAAGUAUUCCAAAGAAGAGCAUCCGCAGGGAGGAAACAACAGAGGGGCCACCUUUAUGAGGAGGAAUCCGAAUUGCGAUUGGGUCUGAAAUUGAGCAAACUGAAUUUGCUGUUUAGCUACAUCAUCACUCAUGUCUCCUAUUUCGUGUCGCUCAGUAGGAAGUACUACAAAGAGGACACCUCACUCGAGCUCUUCGUUCAGCAUAUGCACAUACUCACAUUUGUGACUCUACAAAAAUUUGUAUUCCAGAAAAAAAAAAAAAGUCCACUGGAAAAAUUAAUAACUCUGAAUUAUUUGAAAAUAUUAUUAACUUUCUUAAUUAACAUUUACAAGUACAAAAUUUAUGAAGUUUUAAAUGAAGCAAAGUUGUACAUGAUUUCCAAGUUUAUUUUUUUAAUUAUUUUUUGUUUUUGUCAUAUACGGGAGAACUCCAAGACGGAAAAAUUAUUUAUUUGUUUUUACGAUUAUGUCUACCAUGUGUCUGAGAUUUUCAUUAGCAGAUAUUUAUACCACCUGGGGAGGAAGGGCAAGGGUGCCAAUGAGCUGUUGGUGUAUUACCAAAACAUGAUCAGCUAUGUGUGUGACUAUAUGAGCAAGCUCAAGGUUUUGAAACAUGUGGAGAGGUACAUUUUGAAUAGUGGGAAGAGCCCCUUUUACAGUGUUACUCUGCUCAAUGUAGUGAAGAACACCGUUGAUCGGCACUUGCUGCGCCCGGAGGGGGGCGAAGCUGCUCCUUUGAUGACGUUGAGGAGGAAAGAGGUAUCUGAGCCGAGCCCACACGAGGGGAGUAGUCCCUUAACGGAUGAACAAAAUGGAGAGAACGGCAGCAUCCUCUUGAUGCACAGCAAAACGGUUAGCCAAUUCGUAUUUUUGAAGCUACUCCGAUUGGUGGAAAUCCUGUUAGUGAAGAAAAACAGAAUAUAUUUAACCGUGUAUUUACAUGAGACAAUCGGUAGGGUGACCAAGUCGAUGAUGGAAGAACUUUUCCUCAUUGUUAAAGGAGGUGAUGAGAGGAAGAGCAACAACAACUACAUGAUGAUGACAUACGACCGAUUGUUCUAUCUGUACGAGUACUACUGUAACACCCUUUUUUAUAUAAUAAACCGAAGUGAAAAGAAAAAAAUACGAGAAAAAAGAGGGGAGUUCAGCAGCUCAGCCACUACCAAUACGGCCUACAUGUACCUGCUCAACAGCUGCAUUUUUAACUUGUACGAAAUUUAUCCAAUGCUAAUUCUUCUCCUGAAUGUAACCCCAAAUGAGGUACAAGCCAUUUUGGAACAUAAUAAAUUUUCCUUCGUUAACAAAAUGUUACGUUUCCACGUCGGAGAAAUGCAAGUCACUCGAAUUGUAAACCUGUCCAUAUUCUUCUUUGACGUGGUAUUGAAAAAUGUGAUGAGGACUCCAGCGGUGGGGCAUUACGCCUUCACCAUUUUGAAGUGCCUCCUUUGGAAUGAUAAAAAGUUAAGUAAAUUUUUUCAAACAGUGCUGGGGACGUAUGGUGGGAAGACAGGCGGAUGUGCCAUCAUCGGGUGGGAGCAGCAUGUUGUUCCUCGUGGAAACUCUUUGGAGGUGGCAGAUCGAACCAAACAGAAUGAGGAGGACCCCCAACCUGAGUAUGAGCACAAUGAUGUUUUAGCACCUGACGAGGGGAAUGUUUUAAAGAGAGCUUCCCUGAGUAGUGCCAAUUUGGUUGUAGACGAAAGGAACAGUUUUGUCAUGCAGGUGAAUAACUACGUAAGGUUGAAUUGGGCCCAUUUGGGGGGAGAAGCAGCCAUUGGGCGGUUGUCCUCGUGGAGCACAAGUGACGUGGCGGAGGGUGCAGAGGUGAGGGACGAAUUGGGUCGGCUAAAGCGCAUCAGUAGGAGCAGUACGAACCGGAGUAGCACCAACAGGAGUAGCUUUAACGGAUGCUUCCCCAACAGGGACCAUCCCCGCUGCAGCCGCGGAGCUGCCCGAGGAAGAGAAGAAGUUUAUACCAAGGUGUACUUCCCUCUGCUGAUGAAGCAUCUCCUGUCACAACUAAUAAAACGAAAAAGAAAAAAAAAGGUCCACGAUGAUGUGGAGAGCAACUGUAAGAACUACUUAGGGAUAUACAUUAACAAGCUGCACUACUACUGCAACAAUAUUUUUACUUACAAGGCCAUGUUUAAGCAUAACUUCAGCUCAUUUGUGAAGAGCCAUAUGGCGAAGAAGAAAAGACACCUGAUUGAGAACAUGACGUUUUUUAAUAGAAUGUUUAGCUUAUAUAGUAGCAAAAAAAAAGGCAGUGAAAAGAAAAAAAAAAAAAAUUUUUUCUUCACAAAUAAGACCUUUGUUAUGUCGACCCUAGAGAAGAAAAACAGCUACUCAAAUUAUACCUUUCUGAGGAAAAUUUUAAAUUACAAGAUUUCGUCCUUUGACAAUGAGCAUUAUUAUUUGAGCUUUUUAUUUAAUUUAAAAUUUUUGCACAACCUGAAUGAUUAUAUGAAUGAGUACUUUUUACUGAAGAAGAAACAGUUAAACAGGAAAGUUAUUUUUAAUAUCAGUUUGAAUAUAAAAGGGAAAGUAAAAAAGAUGAAGCCUGUGCCGAAUGAUUUGUAUGACUACCCGCUGGGCCCCUUUGGACAGAGCGACUUAAAAAGACUGAGCAAGAGUGAAAUCAUCGUUAAAGAUUUUUGGGCCAAUAAAGGGUGCAGAUAUUUGCGAGACAAGAAAAGAGAAAAAAAGGAGGAAGGGAAUUUGUUACUCCAUUUUUUAUUUAUAAAUUACAAUUAUUGCGUUUCCAAGCAAGACGCUGGUGAACACAUGAAUCGUUUCUUCCUCCUCAUUUUGAAGUCCUUCGAGAGCGUAAUGCCGUAUGUACACAUAUAUAAGUACAUUUGUGCGCUAUUGCUUUUUCUCAUUUCUUUCGUGGAGAGGAAGCCUCUGCCCCGCAGGGAUGUCCUUCGCGUGGGGGGAGGAGGGAGCGGAACGGUAAACUGCUUGAGGAACACGAUAGAACUUGGUGGGAAGGUGAAGAAGAGCAAUUCUAUCUCGUACGCUAGAACCCCUUCUCAGGAGGGACACGAUGCAAGUAAGGCUUCGCCUGUACGGGGUAACGCGAUGAGAGGAGUUUUUUUACAAGGAGUAGCAAAGGAAUAUGCGAGAAUGGAGGAAGACGUGAUGAGGGACAUGAAGCGGGUAGAAGUAGGGGGGCAUAAUCUCCCACCGAGUAAAUGCCCCCUGUUGCAGCGAGGAAGUAAUCGCAAGGCGGCUCUGAAGGUACUGAUGGGGAUGAUGGAUCGGCUGAAGACACACCUGUUCAGCAACACCUUCCACUACCUGUACGAAGACGUGAAGAAGUAUAACAAGUAUGUAGAGAUGCUGUCUCUGUACUUUUACAAGUUUUACUUCACUUUGCUUUACCAGGAAAUUUACCAGACGGAUUAUCUCCAUGGUAAGGAGGUAGAUUUAAUCAAGAGCAAAAUAGCAGAAAUAACCCCCAUUUUGAGUAUCAAAUAUUUAAACAAGAACAACAUACAUAGUGUGUGCAAAAUUGAAAUUAUAAAAUCAGUUAAUGAGGAUCGAACGGAAAAUAAUGAGCAAGUGGAGGUGAACAAUAACGAUGUGGAAAAAUUAUAUGUAAUAAUAAUGCACUACAUAGAAAGUAUGAGGAGGAAGGAAUGUAUUCUUUACUCUCUUUACCUACUUAUUGAUAAAGGCAUUUUCAGAAAUAAAUUUAUACACAAGAAUGUGAAAAAGUUAAUUCAUUUUAAAAUAUACAUUUUCCUACAAGACAUGAGAGAAUUUCACGACUACAGUGUUAUCUUUUGUACUUUUUUUUUACAAAUGAAUAUAAUGAGUUAUAAUAAAAUAAUCCGGAAUUAUAUUUAUUUUAUAUUUGAUCAGAUUUUCAAAUUAAAAUUUAAUAUUUUAUUUGAUGGAGUCUUUUUAAUUUGUUUUUUGAAAAACCUCGAGAAGAGCAGCCUGGAUUAUGCAUCCUCCAAGAUGAUCUACGAGGAGAAAAAAAAAUUUAAAAAUUUUAUGGACAAGAAAAAAAGCACCAUGAUAAAAAUUAUUUACAAAGUGAAUUUAUACAUUACCAUAAAUUAUCUGCUUUUUUUGAAGAUGCUAAAUUGCUGCAAGUUUUUUUUUAAUUUGUAUUCUUUUUUCUACUACGAGUUUUACAUUUUCUGUGUGAACAAGUAUGUGAAGAGGUACCAGGAUAGGGAGCAGGGGGAGGACGAUGAGGAGGAUGGCGACGAUGCAGGGGGUUGUUACUACGAGAGAGUGUCCGAGAUGCGCAGGAUGAAGCAGUUGUGUUCUGCCUCCGUGGACCGGAUCGACAAGGGCACUCAGGGGGUAGGCGGUCUUUCCACUGGUUGUGUGAGCGCUCAGGUAACGGAGCUACUGACGGAGGGGAAGCAGUCGCACGGUUCGCCCCGUCACGAUAUCAGCGACAGGGCCCUAUUGAAGGGUGUGCACUCGACAAGCGGCCUCCUGUCUACGGGGAACAGCGGCGGGCGCUCCAACUACGGAAUAAAUCGCCGAAGGAGGAGGAAAAUGAACUCCAACUUCUUCGAGACGAAUAAGGAGUUUAGCGAGUUUUUUGAAAACAGCAGUGGAGCUUCUCAGCCGGAGGAACAACAUCAACGCAGGCCCCCCCACCCUGUGGUGCGCAGCGAGACACUAAACAACGACUCGAACUACUUCAAGGUGUUAAAAAAGAUUAGAGGAGUAAACACAUUUAUUUUCAACCUCUACGAUAUUAAGAUAAGCAAAAAAGUGCUCUACCACAAAAAACACAUUAAGGAAUAUAUGAACACUAUAAAUUUUGUCAUCACCAUAUUUUUGGCGACCAACAUCAACAGCCUUAAUAUGGAUUCAUUGAAUAAUAAUUACAUGUAUAUAAUAUCGAAAAUUAUUAAAAAGAAUUUCAAAUUUUACUUUUUUUAUUUUUAUUAUAAUAUUUUCAGAACGAAGGGCAAGAGAUUUAAAAGUAUCUACAGCGUCCAUGUGGAUACCGUGGUGAAUAACUCCUUUGAGGGGAGCGCUGCCUUGGCGAAGAGCGGCGAGGUAGGAGGCGGUGACGUGGGAAGAAGCGACGAUGCUGGAACAGGCGCCAACAUAUGCAAGCUUAGAGUUAAGAACAAAUAUAUAUACGUCUUGUAUACUCUAUCUACCAUCCUCUCCGUGUACAAUUACAAAUACGCAUUUUUCAAUUAUUAUUUUUUUGUCUUUUACAAGUUUGUGAAAAUGUUGGCCAAGAUGACUGCAAAGUCCAUAUGGGUUGGAAAUUACUUGGUGGAUCGUUGUGGGGGAGGGGAGUUUGCCCCAGCGGAGCAGACCCACUGUGUGGAGAAAGACGCUGUAGAGAGGACCGCACAUGAUGAGAUACCAAAGGGAACAGUGCCGUGCGAAUUGUCUCACUUGAGCAAAACUGAGAGGAGAUUCAUCGAAAGUGACAUGUUCAUGAUUAAGCGUUACGUGAAUGAUUACAUAAGAGAGAGUAACAUACACAUGCAGAGGAGCUUAUUUAGAAGUGACAUGCCACAUAAGUUCGUCCUAGACAAAUACACAACCCUCAUUAACAACACACUGUUGCUACUGUUAUACAUGAACUACUUGUCCCUGACUUACCAAAAUAUGAACAUGAGCGAAAAUAAAAUAGUACAGAAAAAGAUCACCCAGCUGGAGAAGUACAAACACUACUUAAUGAAGAAAAUGUUGCAAAUAUAUUUUUUAAACAUCCCUUAUUUGUGUAACUAUUUGGUGGUCACAUUGGAAUUUUGUCUCCUCUUCAGUAGAACUCUUUUAACAAUAAAUUAUACGUCCUUCUCUCUGAUGAACGAAAUGAAAAGCAUUUUCAGAAAUGGUUACAUGUAUCGCUUGGUGAAUUGCUUAAACGCUUUACAGAGCAUGAAAACCUUCUACCACCUCAGUUGUUACCGUAGCGCUAAUUUAUAUUUUCACAAUUAUAAGAAAGUGGCCGAUGAGAAAUUUGAGUGCUUCGGGGCCGGAAGAGGCUGCAGUAGCGUUGCUGUGGGGCAGACCACAUUGGGACGCUUCACGCAGGAUGACACAGAUGGUAGUCUGAGCGAGUACGAUGAUUACAUUUACAAAGACGCAUUCAAAGAGGUGAAGGAAGUUUUAAAGAAAAAAACGAAGCAAUAUAUGCGAGAUUACUUCGAGAGAAGCAUGAAGAACAUUUUUUACCUGUUGGAUUGCUUCAAGGAUAUGUCGAGCAUUUCACUUUUUUUAAAUUAUUACCUUCACGAAAAUGCAAAAAUGAGGGACAUGUAUGAUAGUCUGCAUAUACAGAGCAUGAACAACAUUUACUUGUAUAAUUUUAAAGCGCUCAAGAUGAAUUACUACUUUGUGUGCACGGUGUUUUUAUCGGCUGUCCAGAUUUUUAAUUACACCUCGAACUUUUUCCACUCGUAUAAUUAUUUAAUUGAUUUGUAUGCCAAGUACAAAUAUAGCUAUUUCAUUUACGAUUAUAAUUUGCGUAAUUUUUUUUCCUUUUUUAAUGUAUACAUGUUUGAGAUGAGCAGGUUCCGACAGAGGAAAAGGACCGUUGUGAAUUUGAAGAACCAGGUGGACACCCUAUGCAUCAGUGACAUCUUUGACUUUAACAAGCUCCUGCUCCAGAAGGCAUUUCUAUUUUUGUGUUUUUUUUUCCACAAUUUUGAAAACGUCCUGCCAGACAUCUACUGUGUCAAUUGCGCUAAUAAAUAUUCUGUUGGAUGCUGGGAUAAGAAUGCCCUCCCCAUCGAUUUGGCUCCUGUGCGGCAUGGUGCGAAGGGGAAGAUUCCUGUGAGGGGAAUAUCGAAAGAGGAUGCUGUGAGUACUGUUAUUAGCUUCCCUGCAAGUGGAGUUACCAAUUUGCAGAGACCGCCUGGGAGGGGGCAUCCAAGAAUGGGCUCUAACCAUGUAGGUGGAAAUGACGGGGAGGACUUCCCACAUGCUGAAGUGGAGCGGGGUUCACAAGACAACUCCGCUGUGAUGGACUCAAAUAGAGAAGGGAAGAAGAAAGCCCAAGGAGGGUAUUUCGACAUGUUUUACAAAAGGGAAGGGGAUAAGAGGAUAACCAUUUCGGCGGAGCAUCUAGGUGACACAAGCCCCCUUGAGAUUGACGCCCAUAUGCACAAGGGAAUGAAAAAAUGUAAUGAGGCAGAAAUUCAUUUUGGAGUGCAGUCAACGCAUGGACAUUUGCAGGAGAGUGACACACAGAGGGGGGGUCAUUCUUCGGCAGAGAAGCGUCACAUGGAAGAUAGCCAGCUGACGCAUGAUGAAGUGCAAACCCAUAUGCACACAAACGGAAUAUCGCGACGAAGCAAAAAGGCCGCCGAAACGAAAAAUGGAAACGAUAAUAAGAACGAUAACCAGAAUGAGAAAGAGGAGCAUAGUAGGACCAGUGGAAAGCACACCGGAGGAAUUAUCUCCUAUUUUAAAAAUAAAAUAACCCGAAUGGGCAACAAAAAGGGAAAAGGAAAAGAACAGGUGAAGAAGAAAACGGCAAAUGGCUUCUCCUUUGAUGACGACUUCGUAGACGCAGAGGAACAUGCAAGGAGUAGUUCCUGCGGGGGGAACCACGACUGGGGCGGUAGAACCGUGAUGAGUGCUUCCCGGACCAGCAAGGGCGGUGCCAACAUGAGAGGGGGAGAGAAUGGCCAGGAUGACGGCAACUUCAAGGAGGGUGAAGAGUUUGACAAUCGGGAUAGAAGUGAACACCGCGAUGACGACCAUCUGUGCUCACGGAAGGUACGGGAGAAAGACGUGGAGCUUCUGAACGCAUACAAGUAUCUCCUGACCUACCAGAAAGGAAACAAAAGGAGGUUGUACGAUUACCACUUGAAGGAAGAGCUGCGGUGUAUGUGUAUAAACAAGUACAUACACGUGUGCAAUUUAAUUUACAAUUGCCUCAUGUACAUGUACGAACUGAAGUACAGAUAUAAAGACAUGAAUAAGAGCAGGUUCUGCCUCUUUUCCUACACAGCGUUUAGAAGGAAAAACGAAUUGAACAGUAGUAGUGUUCAUAACUCCAAGAUUCAAAACGAAAUUGUUAUCAACACGAGGCAUCUUCUUAACCUGGACUUCAUCAUUAUGAGUACGCUGUACCUAGCGGAAAGCAUUUACAUAAAUUUGUACAAGAGUAAAUUAUUCACAGACAUGUGUAUCUUUAAUAAUAUAAAAUACGUGUGCUUGGAGAAUACCGAGGCGAAGAAGAAGAACAGUUACCAAAAUGGAGAUCCCCUUGUCCACUCGGGAAGUAAUCGACAUCACAUCCCAGCUGCUUCUCGAAGGAAGGACAGAAGGGACACAGAUGGAAGUACCUACCAGUCGGACUAUAUGACGCAUGAGGAGAGUGCUGAUGGAGGCAGCUCCUUAAGUACGCGCGAUGUGCCUGAAGAGGAGGGCGAAGAGUGUGGCGAGAAGAGGAAGCGGAGUGGGGGCCGCCGAAAAAGCACUCCCUUCCAUUUGGCAGUGGAAAAAAUCAGUGGCAAGAAGAAGAAGAAGCAGGCGAAGAAGACGAAGAAGAAGAGAGUCGUCAUUGACUCGCACGAUAUAUGGAGCAGCGGUAGCGCGAAAGGUAACGACAGUGAAAGUGACACGGACAGCAGCAGCGAUAGUGGAGCAAGUAGAAAGAACAAAAGGAAAAAGAGAGAAAAAAACAAAACCAAGAGCAGGAGGAAAAACAAAAAUGAGAAGAAGAAGAGGGUCAGCAGGAUGACCUUUUUUCUAAAGCGAAGAAAAAAACACGAUACUCCAAAAAGCGCCAAAAAUCUGUCCUUAAACAACUACCUGUUUGCAGAAAAAAAUGUGUCCAAGAAAAGCUUCAAAAUUAAGGAGCCCUCGAUUAACUAUUUUCACAAUUAUAAAAUUCUGUCAGACAAAUAUAAAGCCAAGUUGGCCAGAAUGAAAAAGAAAAAAAGAAAAAAAAAAAAAGAAAAGGAAAAGGAAAAGGGAAAAGAAAAGGAAAAAGGGAAAAAUAAGAAGGAAAAAGAGAAAAAGAAAAAAGGACCGCUCAACGCAGCAAUUAGAGCAACCAACGACAAUGCCCUCUACAACUACGAUGGGACGUACGAAAUGGACAAGGGUCAUGAGGAUGAGGGUAAGGCUAGUGGGAAGGCCAGGUGGAAUAUUCGUAAUUUUUUCUUUGGACAGAAAAAGGAAAAGAGGAGAGACGACAUCACCCCCCAUGAGAAUGCACACCAGGAGAGGGAAAAUAUUUCUUCUCCUUAUCGUGAAAGUGAAUCUGCUCAAAUUAAAAACCUUUUCGUGAAACACAAAUCAAGGGACAUGAAAAACAGCGACAUGAAUUAUAUGCUUAGGAUGGAUCGAUGUAGCCUGGAAGAAGAAAAUAUGGAUCAGAUAAAACAACUAUUCAUAUCAUUUAAUAAUAAUUACAAGGAUAAGAAAAUCAGCAGUUACAUCAGCAACAUAUUCAGCUACACGUCGCUACAUUCUAACUUUAACGUGUUUUACCGAAGGCACUUUGAAAUUAUGGGGCAUAAAAUAAAAGUGAGCAGAGGGUUGCUCAAGGCACUGUACUCAUAUUACUACAGACAUAAUUUGUCCACAUUUUACAAGCUUUUUAAAAAAAUAGAAUAUAUAUAUGUGUAUUUAAAUUUACAUUUUUAUAACUCUCUUUUUAAUAUGGAUAUGAAGGAAGUGAACGAGGACAUCAACAAGUACUCUCUGUUCAUGGUGGUAAAGUACAUCAAAACACACAUGCACAAUAACCCCAAGCUGUAUACUACCUUUGUAAUAAAAGUGCUAAAUUUUGUUAACAACGCAGUACACAAAAUGGCCAACUAUCUAUGCAUGUACUUUUAUAAAGAUCUCAUGAACGUCCUACAUCAAUACCUAAUCCAAGUGAGCAUAAGUAAUAAAUUGACCAUGAACAAAUAUAAUUUAUUUUUGUUAAGAAAAAAUAAAAUGACCUAUGUACCUAUCUCUAACAUUUUAUUUCUGCAUUGUAAUCAGUUGAGUCUUAAUGAUAUAAUAAAAGUUUUGUACAGCCAUCCACAGUAUGGUCUUUUUUUAAGAACGGUAGCUGUGAGCAAUUUGGUGUAUUGGUACAAAAAGAGCACCAUCACAAAUUGUAUUUAUUUGCAACUGUUUGAGUAUUUGAAGGUUGAUCUAGGGAACAGAGUUUUUUUCUUUAUCGUUUUUUUCUCCUUCCAGUCAUUCCUCUUUCUCUACCAAUUCUUCCUCAAUUUGCACACGUACAUUGAUGAUGAGUAUUUGGUCGACUUGGCCUCUCUCCACGAGGAGGAACAGCACCACGCAUUGGUGAGUGUAGAGGAUGGGAGGUGUCAGGAACAAACGCGCAUUGUGAACGCAUGGGAUGAGCAACACAUGGACCAACAGUGUGUACUCUUUAACACAGACAUGUUUGCCCCCAGGACGAACCCGCUCAAGAACUUACUCAUGCUUCUCUUUUUUCCUAAGAACAACAAAGGAAAACUUCCCGCGGGAAACAAAAGUGGUAAUAAAAACCAAAAAGGCAUGAAUAUAAAUAAUUUUAUUUUUUUCAAAUAUCACAGUUACGUGAAGAAGUCACAUGUUCUGUCCAUAAAAUGUUUCCUCAUUAAAAAAUUAUUAAUACAAAAUUUGUGUGACAAGAGCAGGAAGGCAUUGAUCGAGUCGUGCAGAUUUCAUAAUUAUAUUUUUUAUAUAAGUAAGAGGGCGGCCCAAAUGGACAAGAAUAAUCAACACCAUUUCGUUAAAAUGGAAAUUCAGAAUUUGCUAAACCGUAUGGAUGUACAGAGGGUGAAGUUGUUAACCAGUAACAAUAUAGUGUGGAGCGUAUCGGAUGAGGUGAAGAUACUUAUGUCCGCUACAAGGACACCCAUUCUUAUUACCUUCAAGACGUGCAGGAGGGAGAAACUUGUAAUUGGUGCUUCGAUGAGCCAAACUACUGUUGGCAAUAUUCCAUGUCAUCAGGGAAAGGAGGUCAUGUCAAGGGAUCAGGUGGACAAGAAGCGAACGUACCAGCGCAUGUGGUCCCUUCCCAACGUUAAGAUGGCGACUGCGAAUGGAGGCUCAGAUUGUGCAGCCUCGAAGAAGAGAGAUCGGAGUCUAUUCAUUAGCGAACGAGAUGUCCCCCUUGGAGGAAAACCACCAGAGGAACGUACAGGGACUGGUUCACAAAUGAAACCACAUUCUUAUUACUUAUCCAGUGAGGAACAGAACAGGGGCGUACGUACCACAUACGAACAUUUAAGUAACCAAUGUGUAAGGAGCAGCGGAAGGCUGUUAGAUGAGCACAUGGAAGGCAGGAACAGUUUAAUAACCCUUCCUUCCCUACACAGUGCCCCUUUGACCUCCCAUAGAACGAACCAAAAUUUUGAAGACGUUUCGUACAUAUACAAAGUUAAUGAUGAUGUUAGGCAAGACAAACUGGUCAUACAGAUUAUUCACAUUUUUAUCCACAUCCUAAGUGAUUAUAAAUCGUUUUAUAAUUUAUUUCCUUACAAUAUCGUAACGAAUAAGUACAGCAACGUUCAUGUGAAGGGAACGGAGGGGGAUCGCAGUGGCAAGUGCGCCGAGGACGGGACGGAUGGGGGAAGGACGCAGAGUGGGCGAAAAUUCUCCUUCUCCUUCCAUCUCUUCAGGAAGAGAAAGAAAGGGUCAAACGAGGGGGAAGUGAGCAAAAAAGAUAGUGGCGGAGGAAACGCAAGUAAAAGGGACCCCUCCAAAGGAAUGGGCAGUACAAAUGAUGACCGCUCUAAAAAGAGUACCAGCCGGCGAGGAAGCAACAACCCUCGAGGCAGCACCGACCACGGUGAUGGAAAGACCCUUCGGAUGGACGAGUCCCGCUGCCCACGGAUACUCCAAAAGAAUAGAAACAUUCAGCAAAAAAAAAAAAAAAAAAAAAAAAAAAAAUUCGAAAAUUUCGGGGCAGUUAUUGAAGUGUUAGCAAAUACAAAAAGCAGACAUGAAAUAGGAAGAAAAUAUAAAAACAUAAUAAAAUUUUAUCACCUGAAAUUUUCUCACAUCAAUACGUAUAUCUAUGCUUUGAAAAAUUUUAUUUGCUCCUUGGCUGCCUACUCCCUUUUGUCCUUUGUUUUGCAAGUGAAGGACAGGCACAACGGCAACUUACUGUUCGACGAUUAUGGAAAUAUUAUCCACAUUGAUUUUGGUUAUAUCUUGAAUAUUUAUCCUGGUAUCUCCAUAAAUUUCGAAUUGGCCCCCUUUAAGUUAACGAGAGAAAUGAUCAUGCUCCUCACCAUGAAAAGUCAGAAGAAGCAGUACUUUAUUUUUACCUACAUUCAGUUGGUUGUCAAGGGGUACCUGCUGUUGAGGGAAAAGAGCGACUGGCUGAUUUCAUCCAUUCUGAGUCUGUCCCACUCGGACAUCAACUGCUUUAAGUACAACACGGUUGAGAAGUUGAGGAAACGCCUCAAACUUGAUAAAAGCGACAACGACGCGAGCAUUUUCAUGAUAAACAAAAUUCACCAGGCGUACAACAACAUAACGACGAUUAUGUACGACUACAUUCAGAACAUCCAACAGGGGAUCCAGUGA